AUGGAGUCUCUCCUUUUUCUAGCUCUCAGUGUUCAUCUGGCGUCAGCAGGCUCCCACUCUCUGCAGUACAUCUGCACUGGAGUAACUCCGGGAAUAAACUUCCCAGAGUUCUCUGUGGUGGGUCUGGUGGAUGGAGAGCAGUUUGUGUACUAUGACAGUAACAUCAGGAAGAUGAUCCCCAAGACAGAGUGGAUAAAGGAGGUUGAUGCUGAUCAUCCAGAUUACUGGAACAGAGAGACCCAGACUAGUCAGAGUAAUCAGGAGAUCUUCAAAGUUAACAUGGCUACGGCAAUGCAGCGCUUCAACCAGACUGCAGGAGUUCACACAGUGCAGUGGAUGUACGGCUGUGAACAGCAUGAGGAUGGGGCUAUUAGAGGAUAUGACCAGCAUGGUUAUGAUGGAGAAGACUUCAUCAGUCUGGAUCUGAACACUCUCACCUGGACUGCAGCCAACGCUAAAGCUGUUAUUACCAAACACAAGUGGGACAGAGAAGCCUGGGCUGCUCAGGUGAAGAACUACCUGGGGAACAUCUGCGUUGAGUGGUUACAGAAGUAUGUGGGUUACGGCAGAUCCACUCUGGAGAGGAAAGUCCCUCCUGAGGUGUCUCUGUUCCAGAAGGACCCUUCUUCUCCAGUGGUGUGUCAUGCUACAGGUUUCUUCCCCAAAGCAGUGAUGAUCUCCUGGCAGAAGAAUGGAGAGGAUCUGCAUGAGGAGGUGGAGCUCAGAGAGACGCUACCCAACCAGGAUGGAACCUUCCAGAAGAGGAGCAUUCUGACUGUCUCACCUGAGGAGCCGAACAAACACAACUACACCUGCAUCAUUCAGCACAUCAGCCUGGAGGAGGAGAUGGUGCUAAUAAUGUCUGAUAACAGAGUCCUGUCAGGUAGGAGAAUCUGAUUCUGAUGGGGAGAAAUCUUUCAAAAAUGUCUUCUUCCAGAUUUGAUUGGUGAAGUAGAAACAGGACUGACACAGAUUUAACACUCUGUG